UCAUGUUGUUGUUGUUGUUAACGAUGACAAAUUGUCUAAAUAUUUUUCAACAGCAAUCAUUAAAAUUCUCAUCAAAUUUCAUCAUGUCAUCAUCAUCGACAACCAUACUAUUAUUCUUAGUGGUUGGUUUUGUGAAUUGCUUCUGUGGUCGUCGUCAUGGUGCUGGUAGUAGUUAUUAUUGUAAAUUUUCAUUAAAACAUCCAUCAAAAUCAUCGACAUUAUUAAUAGCCGCAUCAAUGAUUGCCGCCAUGAUGAUAACUUCAGCAACAGCAAUAACAUCAUCUUCUUCUCAAAGAUCUUCUCAAUCAUCAAUGAUGAUGAGUAAAUCUUCAUCUGCUAAAUUCGAUUCCGGACAAUCAUCAAUACAAAAUGGUGGUGGUGGUAAUAUAAAUAGUGAUUCUUCGACAACCGAUUCAUCUGAUCGUUGGCAUACUGUAUCUGCGUAUGUUGGUUCAGAAUUAUCAAUACCAUGUGCUAUCGAUGUUAGUGGUUGUGGACGUAUAUAUUUUAUUACAUGGACUAAAAAUAUUUCCUCAUCACCAUCACCAUUAUCUUCAUCAGAUAAUUUAAUGUCCAAUACAAUGGCAAAUAGUGAUCAUGAUUCAUCUCAAGAAAUUUCUUCUUCCUCAUCAUUAACAGUGUCAACUUCUUCACCGCCACCACCAUCGUCAUUAUCAUCAUCAUCAUCAACAAAAUCUGGGGAAUGGCAACGUGUUUUCAUACAUUCAGAUACAUUUGAACGUGUUCUAGGUGAUCUGGAACAAUUUGGUCCAAAAAAUCGUGUUGAAUUUGGACCAAAAAAUUUAUCUGAAACAAAUUUUGCUCAUUUAACAUUAAAAAUGGUUGUACCUGAAGAUGAUGGUCUUUAUAAAUGUGAUGUUACAUAUGUUACACCACAUACAAAUGGAAAGUGUCCUUCACUAACCUAUAUUCGUGUACAAACACUUGUAAAACCAAGCCCGCCAAUAAUACGUAUAAAUGGAAAAUCAUUGAUUGAAUAUCGUAUGAUGGAUUCAAUCGAUAAUUCGGAUGAUAAUCAUCAUUAUUCAAAACAAGAUUAUUCAUCAAGUGCCAAAUCAUCACCAUCAAUUAUCGAUCUAGACCGAUAUCGACAAUUUGGUCCAUUUGAAGAAGGUUCAACAAUUGUAUUUGAAUGUUCAACAUUCGGUGGACGACCAAUGCCUGAAUUACGUUGGUUUAAUGGUUCUAGGCCAUUACGUUCAAAAAUUUCUGUAAUCGAUCUGCAACAACAACAUCAAGAUCAACAACAACAGCAACAACAAGAUUCAUCAUCCAUGGAUUCAAUGGAUCCAGAUCUAAUAAUGUUAAAUCAACCAGGUGAUGCAAGACGUAAAGUAAUAGCAACAACAAGAAUUAUUGCCAGUAGAUUUGAUUUGGGUGCCAAAUUUGAAUGUCGUGUUUUAUGGAAUAAUAGCCAAUAUGAUGAUAAUAAUGAUAAUGAUGGUGGUGGUGAUGGAUUCAUACAGCAAAACAAUGCCUCAUUACUUAACGAUUGGCUAUUGUUAGAUAUUCAAGUACGGCCAUUAUCGAUUCGUGUUGAUUCACCAAGAUCACCAGUUGUAUCAGGUGAAACUGUCCUUUUACGUUGUACGGUUGAUGGUGCAAGACCAGCAGCAAAUAUUACCUGGUAUAAUCGUUCCGAAGUUGUUCAAGCUGAACCAUUACCAACAUUUAACCAUUUGACAAUGUCAACAACAACAACAAAUAGACAAUCAUCAUCAUCAGAUAAUAAAAUUACCGGUCCAUUAAUCGGUCCAAAUCAACCGGUUCGUACCCGGAUUACAAUCGAAUCAAUGACCGAUGGUACAUUUCGUACAACAUCAAUAUUAGCAUUCGUUGCCAGCCGUUCCGAUCAUCAAGCAGAUUUUUUCUGUAAAGGUUCAAAUGAAAUUCUAAGAAAUCGUAAUGAAGUUCCAUUGAUACAAGGUGUUCAGCUACAAGUUUUAUAUCCACCCGUUGUUGCUAUUGAACCAGAAGGCCUGAUUGCUGUCAAUGAAAGUUCAACAAUACAAUUUUGGUGUACAUAUGAUGCAAAUCCAAUGAAUAUUUCCGAAAUACGUUGGUUUAAAGAUCAUCGUCCAUUAGAUUUUCCAAAUGAAAAUAAUCCAAAUAAUAAAAUAUGGAUGUCACGUGAUGAACGUGGUACACCAAUGCUGACAAUCAGAAAUAUUGAUCGUAAUGAUAGUGCUAAUUAUAAAUGUCGUAUACGAAAUAAAUUUGGUGCAACCGAUUCCAUUACCACCGCACGUUUAGAAGUUGCCUAUCCUCCUGUUGUAUCGUUAGAAAUUGUUGAACCAAAAAAUCAAAUUAUUGAACAACGUUCAUUGGAUGUUGGAUCAUCAUCAUCACUAACAUUACCAACAAUGACAUUACAUUGUCAAACAUUACACGGCAAUCCAAAACAAUUACAAACUGUACAAUGGUAUCGUAAUGGUCAACAUUUUUUAACAACAAUUUCAUUUCGUAAAUUACAAUCACAACCUUCGCCAACUUCAUCAUCAACAUUAUCAUCAUUAUCGACAACAACACCAUCAUUUUUACAUCAUAGUUUUUAUCAUCGUAUCGGUACGGGUAAACAUUUUCAAUUGAUUGAUGAAUCAACACCAUUAUCAGGUCCAUUGAAUGGCGAAUUUUUAUUAACACCAAAUGGAACAUCAUGGUUAACAAAUCUAGCUGAACCAUAUGUUCAUUAUCUUAAUGAACCGGAAAUGUUAACAAUUGCUAAUGUUACACGUGAACAUCGUGGUAAUUAUAGCUGUCUUGGUUUUAAUGGUGCUGCUAACGGUAGCCGUUUGUCGAAUGAAAGACAAAUUUUAGUUAAAUAUCCACCAGGAUCAGCAUCUUUAACCAUGACCAGUAAUAGUGAUACAAAUGAUCGUUAUGUAUUGAAAGGAUCACAAGCCGUUUUGGAAUGUCGUAUUGAUGACCCUGGUGAUCCACCAGCUCAUUCAAUCAUAUGGACACAUAACGGUUUACGUAUUGAUCGUGCUACAACACAUUUUCAAUCACCACCACCAAUUAUGACAAGCAAUUCGAUUCAAAGAAAUUCAUUGAUUGCACGAUAUCGAACACCAAAAGCUGAUAUGACUGUUUCAGGUGAAUAUCGUUGUCGAGCCAUCAAUGAUUUAGGACAAGGUGAAUGGGGUACAUUUCGUUUGGAUGUUAAAUCUCCACCACGAAUAUUACAAUCACUUCCAACAACAAUCGGUGCUUUAUCGGAUCAAAAUCUAACAUUAACAUGUCGUGUUGAAUGUCAACCACCAUGUGAAAUACAUUGGUUUCAUAAUAACCUGACUCGAUUAUCACCUGAUACACGUGGUAUUCUUCCAUCAUCACCACUAUUAACAAAUGAAUAUCGUGCAAAAUUACGUAACGGAAAUGAGCUAACAUUUUCAUUGAUUAAUGAACAAACCGAAGGAAUCCAAGGACCAACACAUACGUGGUCAUCAAUAACAAUACAUAAUACAUCAAUGUUAUUUGAUUUUGAUCAAUUAACAUGUGUAUCAUCCAAUUCGGAUACCGAAGAAUUAGGACCACCAGUUUAUUCAACGGUUGUUUUUCGUCGUGAAUAUUUACCACAUUCAGUUCAUUUAUCCGUACCUGGUAUUGAUCUAUUAGAAGGUGAAAGUUAUCCCGAAAAACCAAUUAUUUGUCAAGCAUUUGGUAAUCCACAACCACGUUAUUAUUGGACAUUCGAACCAUUCAUACCAUCAUCAUCAUUAUCAUUAGGUUAUUAUAAUGAUAAUGGUGAAAAUCAUUCGCAUCACAAUAAUCAAACGAUUGUUGCAAUUGGUUCACAAUUAAUAUUGGAUAAAUCAAUGGCACAGAAAAAUCGUUUAAAACAAGGAAAAAUAUCAUUCGAAUCUUCAUCAUCCAACAUUGAUCAAUCAUCGAAUCAAAUCAAUCAAUUAACAAAUUCUGGACAGCAACAACAAUCAUCGCUGAAACAAUCAGCAGGACGUUUUUAUGCCGAAAGAACUUUAUCCGGUAAUUAUACCUGUGUUGCUACUAAUCAACAUGGUUCAACAUUGGCUACAUUAACUAUCAAUGUUUUCUAUCGUCCUGAAUGUGAACUUCGACGUAUUAAUACUGCCAAAAUACUUCGUAACCGGCAACGUUCACAGCCACAACAACAAGAUUCAAGCCGUACAGAUCAACAGCCGCAACCAAUUCCAAUAAUGUUAUCUUGUACAGCCAUUUCAAAUCCAGCACCUGGGAAAUUUGCCUGGUAUCGACGAAACGGUUCUGAAUUAUUAGAAAUUCAUCCAUCCAUUAAUUCUGAUCAUUCAUUAUUUGUUGCAAUAUCACAAGAUUAUGAUUAUGCAAGUGAUUCAUCCGGAUCUCUAUUUGAUUAUUAUCAUCAACAACAACCAUCACAACAACAUCAUUAUCAAAAUGAUGACGUUACUAUGGUUGCUGGUGGUCAUAGUAUUGGAGGACAUACCAGACAAAGUAUUGUAAUGGGUGUACCAUCGGAUGCUAAUCUUGAUGAAUAUGCUUGUGUUGUUUCGAAUGCUAUUGGUGAAUCACGUCCAUGUUGGUAUGAAGAAACACCUGUUUCCGGACAGAUCAUGUCACCAUCAUCGACUGGUGUUGGUCAUUCAACAAAUAUUGCUGAUAAUGGAUAUGAUAAUUUAUUUAUGGUUGCUGCAUCAGCUGGUCUUAUUGUAUUUUGUUUAGUACUAUUUGCUGCUGUUGCUAUUGUUUUUUGUUUUCAUCGUAAUGGUAAUAAUCGCAAUGGAGGUGGUGGUGGUGGUCAUUCAUCAUUUAAAGGAUUUGGUGGUUCACAUAAUUCAAUGAUUAACGGUGGUGAUGAUGAUAUUAAUACACCAAAACGUUUAAAAUUGAAUCGACCAUCACAUCAUCUUUUGAUGUUAGAUGCACAUCAUCAUUCGAUGGAUCAUCAACCAUUAGAUUCUGUAUAUCUUACCAAUACAAUCGAUACAAAUCGUUCAAAAACAGCAACAUUGACUGCUGGUUAUCGAAUGGCUGGAAAUCAACAACUUACAACACCAUUAAUAACGGGAACAUUAACAAAAUCAUCAUUUUAUAAUCAACGACAACAAAAUCAUUAUAGUACAGCUGAUGGUUCUAUCUAUGGGGGUGGUGAUCGAUCAAAUUCCGAUGAUCAUGAUGAAGAUGAUGAUCAAGGUGAAAACAAUCCUCAUCAAAGUGCCUCAUCAAUAAUGAAACCAUUUUUAGUUUCAUAUCCAUCACCUUCGAUUGGUAGUGCUGUUGAUAAUGGUGAUGAUAGUGGUGGUACUACUAAUGAAGCUAAUCCAGUUUAUGCUGAACCAGAAUAUCAUUGUUUAGAAUCAUCAUCAUCUGGACAUAAUGAUUGUCAAUUAACCGGUUCAACAUCAGUGACUAAUUCAUCAUCGGGUAAUAAUUCAAAUACAUCGGCAAAUCUACAAAUUCUACCACCAUUACCACCACCGGAUAUGAAACAAAGAUUUACAUUAGCUAAAUUUAAUAAACAGGGUAAUAAUCAUAAUCAUCAGCAACUAACCACCAAUCAUCAUCAUCAUAUGGAAAUGGAUUCAUUAUCAUCACCGCCAGCUAAUCAUUCAAAUGAAAAUGUUGUUGUUGAAGAAGAUCAUUAUGAAAAUAAUCCAUAUCUAUCCAACUAUGAAGAGAUUGGUGAAAAAUCCAAAUUAUCAUCCAAUUCAUCUAUAGCAAAUUUAAGAAAAAAACGUCCAAAAAAUAAGCCAACAACAAAACAACUUGUAUCAUCAUUAACAAAUGGACAUCAUCAUCAACAAUCAAAUAGUUCGGAUUAUUCUGAUUCGGGUGGUGAUUCCAGAUCGUUAAAUGUUAAAUCGGAUAAAAAAUCCAUUCAAAAUCGACAGGAAAAAUCAAAGAAAACCAAUCUAAUCGAACCAGAUUAUGAAUCUUAUAAUGAAGAUGAUGAUUAUGAGGAUGAUGAUGAUGAUGAUUCAUCCGUACCAUCCACUGCUUAUCAACCUGAACGUGAUUUCUUUUUCAUUCAAAAUAACCAAAAUCGAUCACAACAACAAACAUUCCAAAAUCCAUUAUCAACAAGCAGCAAUAAUAAUAAUUUAUCAGGUUCAUCAAGACGUCGAUUAUUACCACAAACCACAAAUAAAUAUGGAUCAUUAAUAUUACCAACGAAUCAAUUGGAUUCACCAACAAAUCAAUCAUCAUCAAGAUUUAUUAAUCCAAAUCAGGCUACACCACAACAAUAUCAUCAAUCACCAAUAUCGACAAGAUUAUAUUAUAAUUUUGAUCAUCAAAAUGUUAAUCCGGUAAUAUCUUCAGCAGGAAAUCCAUCAUUAUCAUCACCAAAUCCAUUCUGUAAUAGUCUUCGAAAUUUUAAUAAUAACAAUUGGCGUAAUCAAAAUAAUAAUCGUCAUCGAGCUAACAAUAAUAAUUUAAUGAUUCGACAACAUUCAGAUAAUAAUCAACAAAUUGGUGGUACAUCAAUACCACCAUCAUCAUCAACAGCAUCUUGUUUUCGACGUUCUGAAUCAACUGAACCAUUACAACAACAAGAACCACCGGAUUAUCAUCAAACUAUUUUGGAUCGUUUUUAUAAUGAACAACAACAACGAUCAAACCUUGAUGAUCAUCUUUAUGGUUAGAUGAUGAUCAAUUUCAAUUCAAUUCAAUGACCGAAUUAAUUUUAGGUGCAACAUUUUGUUUUUCUGUUUGGUUUUUUUUCGUUUUAAAUCCAUUUCAACAAUCAAAUUUUCAACACUAUUUCUACUCAGUUACUAUUUUGACAUCAUCAAUCGAAUGAA